UUUAUCAACUACGUACUUCUCAUCUUCAUUAUUUUCAUUACAUUAUUUAAUAAAAUGAUGAUUUCCCACACACCAAACCUAUUUCUCCUCUUCAUUAUUUUCACUACAUUAUGUCUUUCUUCAUGUUAUGGUAUCCCAACCAAAUACUCCUCUAUAUUGGGUCCUAACCUUGAUAAGCUUCCAACUCAACAGGAAGCGAUACAACUAUUCCAACAAUGGAGAAAAGAUCAUGGACGUGUCUACAAAGACCUAGAAGAGAUGUCAAAGAAAUUUGACAUUUUUUAUUCAAAUUUGAAGUAUAUUACGGAGACUAAUGCAAAGAGAAAAUCACCUCAUGGCUUCCUUCUUGGUUUGACCAGCUUUUCCGAUUGGAGUACCAAUGAAUUCAAAGAAACGUAUUUACAUGAAAUUGACAUGUCCACCCACAUGGAUAAGAUGAAGGGGAAUGGUGUUGUUCGUAACUCAGAAUGUAGUGCACCUUCUUCCUUGGAUUGGAGGACAAAAGGAGCUGUAACUAGUGUCAAGAGUCAAGGGCAGUGUGGAAGUUGCUGGGCAUUCACAGCUAUAGCUGCCUUAGAAGGAAUAAAUGCAAUAACAUCAGGAAAGCUUGUCGACCUUUCGCCACAAGAGCUUGUUGAUUGUGAACCUAAUUUUGUCGGCUGUCAAAGUAUUGGAUGGGUCGACAAAGCAUUCGAGUGGGUUAUAAGUAACAAAGGGAUGGCUAUUGAAAAUAAUUAUCCUUAUACGGACACCAAGGGAGAAUGCAAAGCCUCACAGGUUCCAAACAUUCAAAUUAGUACCAUUGAUUCAUAUAGUAGCGUGGAGCGAUCAGACGAUGGACUAUUGUGUGCAAUUGCUAAACAGCCUAUUACUGUGUGUUUUUAUGCGGACUAUGACUUUCAUCAUUACACACAGGGAAUAUAUGAUGGUCCUAAUUGCCCAGCAGAGGUGACAUCUACAACUCAUUGCGCGGUAUUAGUGGGUUAUGAUUCAGUAGAUGGUGAAGAUUAUUGGAUCUUGAAGAACUCAUGGGGCACGGAAUGGGGAAUGGACGGUUAUGCGUGGAUCAAAAGGAACACUGGUACAAGUCAGGGUGUGUGUGGAAUCAAUAUUGCGGCUCUUUACCCACUCAAAUUUACAUCUAGUAAAGCACGUAUUAAUUCCACUUUAGGUCAAUCAUAAAUUUAUCGAGCGUUUUAUCAUUGCUAAUGCUAUGUAAUGGGCAGAACUACACGUUGUACUAAAAAUAUCUUUUUUUCUUAUUAAAUAAUGAUGUAAUAUAAGUACUCAUCGGAAUAAAAUGGUUGGUGUUCUUGCGUAUCGUAAAA